CGCGGUGUGAAGGUGUGUUAUUAAACUUUGGUUGAAAUGUCCUCGCCGAGGAUUUCUGCGGAGAAUCGCUCACGUCUCGAGUAAAGACAGCGAGCUCUUCUGGACAUGUCUGCUGCCCCGGAGCCGCGCGGGGGAAACGGAGCGUCCGCAAAUCAGCGUUUCCACUUCACCCAGAGGCUUCCGGCCCGGCGGCCCGGCGGCCCCCGCUCCUCUCGCAGGAGCCCCGUCUACGUGUCUUUUGUCCACCAGGCCGUCUUGUGGGAGCGAGGACUCGGCCUCCGCGCUGCCCGCCACCAUCGUCCGGCUCAGCGGCCCGCGCCGUGCCCCCGGUUCUUGUCCCACAUGAAAGCUCGACCCUCGGACCUCGGACCGCCUCGAUUCCCGAGCUCCGAGUCCAGACCGCCGCCGCCGUCUCGGGAGGAGGCGGCGAAAACGCACGCGCUCGCCGCCCCGAGGACGCAGACGUUGGAUGGUUUCGUCCGUCUCAAUCCAGACGGAAGAGGAAACGCCGUGCAGCUGGCGGGACGGCGCCCUGCUGUCGUUGUUCCCUGUCCUCCGCUCUCUGCCGCUCCGCCGCCGCCCGCCGCUCGCCCGGCGCCUCCACGCCGAAACGACCACGAGAGACGGCGCCGCGAGGCGACCACGGCGCCGCCUCCCUCCUCCGGUCAGCCGGCUCCGGAGGGGACAGUCGAGGUUCGGAGGAUGGAGAGGGAGUCCACCCCGGAGCCGGUCGGACUAGAACCCUCCUCGCCGCCGCCCUCGCCGCCCUCCACCAUCUCACGCGGCUCUUUCUCGGAUUUUAGCCGUCCGCCGUCGAGCCUGUUCAGCCGCAGCACUGACCUCGCCAGCGGCCGCAGCAGCGUCCUGCCGGGUGCCGAUUCUGGAGACUCGGACCCAGAAGGCGGCGUUCGUUUGUCCCCGUUGGCCGGAUCCAGCCCUCGCCAACCACCCGCUCCGCCCUGUGACCCCGCUCCGCCUCCCCGAAGGUCAGGUGACCUCCGGCGAUCAGAGAAACCUCUGAGCGGGAGGGAAAGCUCCGGAAUCACAACGAGUCUCCCGCCAGAUGCUCCUCCAGACCGUCGCCUCCACCCGGCCACGGCCUCCGAUCGGGCCCUCGUUACCACGGCUUUCCCCUCCGCCACCUGGUCUUCCUGCCCGAGUCCACAGAGGACCACUCCCUCCCGCUCCUCCGGGUCGGGACCGCCGCCGACCCCGUCCGCGUCGGGGACUGGGCUGGAGUCUCGCCGCUGGUCCGUGCUGCCGCCCAUCUCCCCCGCCGGAGGCCGCUGUGUCUCCGCGGCGUCGCGCUACUCGGAGCUCAGCUGCUCUCAGUCCCACGUGUUUGACGAGCUGGAGGCCAUCGCCCCGCGGUCCACUUCCUGUCCGUCCGGGGGCCGGCUGUCAGACUCAUCGGGCUGCCCUUCACCCGACAGAGAGCUGUCUCCCGGCCUGGCGGCGCUGACGGUGGGCUGCGACUCCGGGAAUCUGGGCUCGCUGUCCCGGGUCCGGCUGCUCCUCCUGGACCGACCGCAGCCCGAGACCCUGCCGGGGCUCUACGGUCCGGAAGAGGAUCUCUUCUCGCCGACGGAGGACUGGUCUGAUCUCAGGAUGCGGUAUGCUCCAGAAGGUGGCUCGAGGCCCCUCACAGCCGGCUCUGGAAAGUGUGACUCUGCAGGGAAAGCUCAUGGAGACAAGUCGGAUGAGUCCGAUGGAGGUUCUGGGUCUCCGUCUUCGUGGAUCAUCGACCCGAGUCCGUCUCUGCACAUGCUCAGAUCCGCCCUGUCCCCCUGCCGGUCCGACCACGGCUCCAGCAGAGUGGAAGGGGGCCUCACCGAUGAGGAGGAGGAGGAGGAGGCCAAUUAUCUGCGAUGGGGGGGCCGAGUCGAGCCCGGGAGCCUAGACGACAGGACUGAAGAGAAGGAGAGGAGGAUGGAGGAGGGGAAAACAAAGGUGCUGAACUUGCUUUCCAAACUGCAGGAUGAGGCUCCACGGCCGCCCAAUGGCAGCAAAGGCUGCUCCGACUUCGAGGACUUCGACUUCUUGGCAAAGUUUUGCAUUUUCAGCCAGGAGACGCUGGCCGAGUACAAAAGAGCUUUUGAAGCAGAGGACGCUGACGGUGACGGCUACGUCUCGUGCCUUCAGGCUCUCCUCGCUCUGAAGAGCGUCAUCCCUCCGGAGCUGCUGUCUGACGAGGAGGAGAUCUACGUCUACAGGAUCUUGGAGAUGGUGGACUUCAGGGUGGCAGAUGGACUCGUGGACCUGAGGCUCUUUGCCGUGAUUGCGAGCCUGGCCCAGAAAAUAGCCGCCAUGGAUGACUUCAUGCGAUCGCUCAUCACCGACAUGGACUUCCGCUCAUUAGAAGUGAGGCUCUUCAAGGUGAAGCAACUGUUCCUGUUCCUCCUGGAGGAGCAGGAGGAAGGAGGAGCCGCCGGAGGCUUCAUCAGCGCGGAGCAGCUCCUCCUGGAGCUGAAGGCCGGGGGGAUCCACCAGGAUGCGGCCGUGCGGCUGCAGCUGCAGCGCGUCCCCCCCCUGGACCUGCUGGACUUCCUGGCCUACCUGCCGCUCUUCAUGCUCAUCCACAAGUCGGUCAUCACCAACCCGCUGGACGACGCCGGCGACCUCUGACCUCGGUCUGCACCGCCCCCCCCCCCCAUCUACAUCUACAAUUUAAGCAGAGAUCACAGUUCCAGUUUUGUACUAUAUCCAGUUGUGAUUUUAUAUAUAUAUAUAUAUAUAUAUAUAUACAUAUUAAUCAAAUGUG